UUUCGUGUUAAGAUGGCUAAAGGUGACCCUAAGAAACCAAGGGGCAAAAUGUCUGCAUAUGCCUUCUUUGUGCAGACGUGCAGAGAAGAACAUAAGAAGAAAAACCCAGAGGUUCCAGUCAAUUUUGCUGAAUUCUCCAAGAAGUGCUCCGAGAGGUGGAAGACUAUGUCUGGAAAAGAAAAGGCCAAGUUCGAUGAGAUGGCCAAGGCCGGCAAGGUACGUUAUGACAGAGAAAUGAAGGACUACGGGCCAGCAAAAGGAGGCAAAAAGGAGGACCCUAAUGCCCCCAAACGGCCUCCGUCUGGAUUCUUCUUGUUCUGUUCUGAGUUUCGUCCUAAGAUCAAGUCAACAAACCCUGGCAUCUCUAUUGGUGAUGUGGCCAAGAAGCUGGGUGAGAUGUGGAAUAACCUGAGUGAUGGCGAGAAGCAGUCUUACAUCAACAAGGCGGCAAAACUGAAGUAUGAUAAGGAUGUCGCUGACUGUAAGUCCAAGGGGAAGUUUGAUGGCGCGAAGGGCCCUGCUAAAGUAGCCCGGAAAAAGGUGGAAGAGGAGGAUGAAGAGGACAAGGAGGAGGAAGAAGAGGAAGAGGAGGAAGAGGAAGAAGAGGAGGAGGAGGAGGAGGAUGAAUAA